UAUGCUCACGUGGUACACCCCUCCCAACACUCACUCACCACAUCACCCAGCCAUCCGUCAAUCGGCAGCCUGCGCCUGCUUCUGUAUUGCGAAUAUCCGCUCCUGCAGCCACGCCAGCGCCUUAGGCCACUCCUCGUCCCCAUCCCCCUUCUUGACGUCCAUGGCAAAACACUUGAGCCGCAUCUGCACACUUCGCGGCAGGUUGUGCAGCCCCAGCUUGGCCGCCAUCUCCUCAAUCGUCGGCACCGGCUGCCCCACGGCCAAGCUGGCCGGGGCCUGCGACAGUGACAAAGUGCUCUGGAAAGCGACGGUUGAGUGCUGCCCGGCCCCCGGCAUCAUCGGGCGGCCGAAGGUGUUCAUCAGCACGCAGAAGGCCGCCUCUCUGAGCUCGUCCUCAUGCACGAGGAUGCGGAUGUGCUCGCCGGCCUGGCGGAUCUUCUUGGGGUUCAUUUCGACCAUCGAUACGACGAAUAUGACGGCGGAGACCUUGAUGUAGCGGUAGAAGGCCGGCCAGAGGGCCUGCAUGGCGUCUGCCCCCGGGACGUCCCACAUGCCGAAGCGCAUGCCCCGCUUGUUGAACUCCUCAUAGUGGUAGCCCUUGGUCGGCGUGGGGAUCUUCUGUGCUAUGUCCUGCUCGGCCCACCCUGCAGACACGUGCACAAACAGGCAUUGCCGGAGGCAGACACCCUUUCUUCCUCACACACACCUGGUAUCUUGAGCUUGUAGAGGAGGGUGGUUUUGCCACUGCCGCUCAGCCCCAGGAUGAGAAUCUGGUGCAAAUGAUCACCGCCCGGCACGCAGUUCCCCAUUGCCGUCUCCUCAACCCCCAG